AUGACUGACAGACGAAGAAUCAAUGGGCCGCCUAGCGGCACGAGGCCGGCCGUUUUCGCCUCCUCUCUCAAGUCCGCUUCUAGCAUUUCUACCGGCAGACCACGACGUCAAAGGCAGCCGGAUGAGCUUCGCAAGAUCUUUCUGAAGACAGGUCUCAUCCCUUCGGCAUCUGGUUCUUCCUAUCUUGAAUUCGAACCCUCCGCAUCACUUGCUGCUGCACGCUCAAACCCCCAAUCCCUGAUUCCUCCGUCCUCUGCAUUGAAGCUUGCCUGCACAGUUCAUGGCCCUAAGCCCCUGCCACGCUCGGCUAGCUUUUCGCCUAACGUCGUCCUUACGACACACGUCAAGUAUGCGCCGUUUGCUGCCCGCCAGAGGAAGGGGCAUAUCCGCGAUGCUAGCGAACGGGACCUGGGUGUGCAUUUAGAGACGGCGCUUAGAGGCGUCAUUGUUGCUGAGCGCUGGCCCAAGAGUGGCCUCGAUAUCACAAUCACCAUCCUGGAAGCAGAAGAUGACCGCUGGUGGGGCGACGCACCCGAUUCGCAUGAUGCUCCUUGGGGAAUGAUGAAUGUAUUGGCUGGAUGCAUUACCGCUGCGUCUGCAGCAAUUGCUGAUGCUCGAAUUGACUGUCUUGACCUUGUAGCUGGUGGUGUGGCUGCCAUCGUCUCCGACGAACCAGCAGAGGGUGAAUCGUCUACCCCUAAGCUGAUGCUCGAUACGGACCCAGCUGAGCACAAGUCUAUUCUGUCUGCCUGUGUCGUUGCCUACAUGCCCUCUAGAGAUGAGAUUACGGAGUUGUGGCUCAAGGGCGAUCAUUCAAAGGCAUCAUUAGGCACUACUGAUCAGAGUCUGACCCACGAAUCUCUCAUUGAUGGGGCAGUGAAUGCAGCUCGAGGUGCCCACACUGUCCUGGCAGAAGCUGUGAAGGAGUCUGCUGAGAGGUUUGCUGGUUUACCGACAGGGGCAAACCUGGUGUAA